AUGGCCACACCGCUCGCCAGGAACGACCCGGAAUACGAAGUGUGGCAACAGCAGCAUGAGGACUUCGACUCCAAGGAUGCCAAAAGGCGCUACCACCAGUAUGCAAAUUCCGCCAAGACACACAUUCUUGGCCCAAUGCCUGUCGACGAAUUUCUGGAGUUCUUACCUGAGACAGAUACCUCCAUGAUGCCGCGUACCACCGAUGCUUUCAAAAGGGUCCCGACAGAGGCGAGAACAGAACAACAAAUCUAUAAACCACUGAUUAAUGCAUUGAAUGGCACGAAAGCGGGCGCUAGGAAAUCUCGGCCUCGGUGUCCUGGAUUCACGUUCAAGGAGACUUCUAUGUCUAGCGUUGAUCGCGGGGAGAUUGGGUCAACGAACGCCCAUGUCUGCUGUUAUUCCGAAGACGUUAACGAUGCUCACUUGGCGUUGGUAGCCUCUCUUGGUUGCGCUGAUUUGCACAUCGAAGUACAGCGACAUCCCACUUUCGACCCCUUCACGGAUCCAGCUCCCGAUGCUGAUCGCUCCUCACACAACUUCACUCUCAACACUGUUGACGACCGUACUCACAAGCACGCCGAAGAAGCACUGGGUAGGAACGUUGUAUGCGUAAUCGAAGCGUGUGCUCGUCAACACCGCGCUUUCUACUUCUCGAUUUCGUUGGCCGGGUCUCGUGCUCGCCUCAUACGGUGGGACCGCUGCGGAGCCAUCGUUUCAGAAUCAUUCGACAUUCGUGCUCAGCCCGAACCGCUUUGCGAGUUCUUGUGGCGAUAUGCCCACGCUUCAAAAUCGCAGCGCGGCUACGAUGUGUCCGUCGAACCUGCGACUCGAGACGAGGAGGAACUCUUCAGAGAGUCCAUCAAAUGCCACGUCAAACUCCAGCUGGAUCUCGACGGGGAAGACUUGGUCGCUGCGAUGGAGGAGCACUACCAGCCUGGCGUCGUUGUUGCGGUCAACAUGGUCGACGAGGGCUCUCCGGGGCAUGUGGCGCGCCGACUACUCAUCUCUCGGCCGGUGGUGUCACCCCUCUCACUGACAGGCCGAGGAACGAGGGGUUACUGGGCGGUCACCGCCGAUGGCCCAAGAGGUGAGAUGGUGUUCUUGAAGGAUACGUGGCGAUACAACGGCGGUGGACAACAAAAGGAGGGUGAUAUCUUGGCGGAUUUGCAGGGUGCUAGGGUGCCGAAUAUUCCGCGGUUAAUCUCUCACGGAGAUGUCCUAGAGCGGUUGCCCAUCGUGAAUGGGAUGGACGAAGACAUGGAGGACGGCGACGUCGAAGAGCUAUCUCUGCAGCGCACGCUGACCGAUCGCUUUCAGCAAGCGCACUGGGUUUGCAAGCGUGAACAAAUUCCGCAGCUUCCGCUCGUACAUUACCGAUUAGUGUUGGGCACCGUUGGUUAUGGGCUGCAGCGCUUCCAAGGCACGCAAGAGCUUCUUCGGGGGACGUUCGACGCGUACCAAGCUAUUUUGGGAGCUUUCAACCUGGAGGAUGUCACGAAACGUAGGUUGCACCGUGACGUCAGUCUAGGCAACAUCAUCCUCUUCAGGGAUCCGAAAGCAACGGAUACGAAGAGGUAUGGCUAUCUGAUUGAUUGGGAGCUGUCGUGUUUGGUGACAGAUGAGGGUGAGGCUUGCGAACACACAAAAGCGGGCACCUUGCAAUUUAUGUCGCAACGCAUACUGAGCCAUGAUAAUGUGGCUCACACGAUCCAGGACGACAUGGAGUCUAUCCUCUGGGUCGUACUGUACUGCAGUUUGCGAUGGUUGGAUCACGAUUUGCCUUUGGAAAAGUUGGCCAAGAAGAUGGUCUACAUUUUUGACCAAUGCGUUGUCUACGACCAUGGCAAUUUCGUGGGUGGCGAUGCCAAGCUCCGCAAUCAGUUGGAUCGGGGUUACACGAGCAACAUUCAUUUUUCAAAUCCGGCGAUUCAGCAAUGGCUCGACGAAGUCAUGAAAUUUAACUCGUCCGCCGCGUUUCCUCACCUUUGGGACGAAGCGUGUGCGGAGGUCUGGAAGGAUCCCACGAAGUUUAACGCAUUUUGGCGGGACUUCCUCAGAGAUCAUGCGAUUUCCGACAGCGAUAGAGUCUCGCGAAAGUUAACUCGACCUGACGACAAAAGGUACCAUUGGUCAUCAUCAACCAUUUCGUCUACCUCUGCAACCGAGCAUCCCGCACCUGCGGCAUUGCCUUCACGGAAGAGAAAGGCGGUCGACGAGCCCCUUGGUGCGGAACCAGAGAAGACGGCCAGCUCCCGAGUACCCACAGUGCCUCGUGGAGCUUACACAGGACCUAUCACGCGCUCGAUGGCGAAGCGGAGACAGAUCGAAGGCCAAGGACAGGGCGUCGCAGUGGGUGGCUCGGAUCUGCCGAUACAGCCUCAGUGGAGCCCUCGACGUUUGAGGCCUCGUCCAGCGAAGGUCGACAAUACGAGCCUUGCGCGACAUGGUCGCAAGGUUCGCCGGUCGAAAUGA